CCUAAGAAGCCUAUUUUGCCUAAGUUGCCUAAGAAGCAAUCUACACCAUUUGUUUAAACAACCAAUGGACCAGAUUAGAUCCCUAAUAUUAAACUAGAUAAAUAAACAAAAUACAACGCGCGGGGGUAUUUUCGCCAUAAACAAACAAAUAGUACUGGCAGUUAUCAACGAUUCAAAAAAACUUCUUCUUCACUCUCUCUCAAAACUUCCCAAUCGCUAACAAACUUCACCUAAAAUCGACAAUCAGAGAGACGAAAAUCGAACAAACAACAACAAAAACAGCAUCAACGAUGGAUUCAGAGAGUACGUUCCAUUUUUUUUUUUUGCAUUUUGGUGUAUUCGUUUCAAUUUUGUACGGUUUUUCUAAGUUUCUUCGAAAUCAAAUCGAUUACACAGGUUCUAAGAGAUCUACAAGAAGCCAGAAGCAUAAAGAAACAAAACAUGAUGACGAUUUCGAAGAGCUGUACAAUCCCAAACCACUACAAAUUGUACAACCAGGAGAACCAAUCCCUACUUUUGAUAAUGAAACUUUGCAUCCCAUUCCACUAAAAGUUGUAAGACCAACAAAAAAGGAAUAUUAUAUGAGUCCGAAAUUUUGGAAUGAAGUAGCAAUCUGGUGGCCAAGCUAUACCAAUCAUCCUACUUCUGGUGGUGAACCUUCAGAUCCCAUAAAAGAAGAGAUUGAUGAGAAACCUGAAAUCUCAGUUGUACAACCCAAAAAAGAAGAAGAUGAUGAAAAACAAAAGAUCCCAAUCCUACAACCUAAACAUGAAGAAGAUGAGGAAAAACCUAUAAUCUCAGUCAAGAAUUUUGGAAGGAAGUAGCAAUCUAGCCAGCUCCUGCUAUGAUCAUCAUGUUUAUGUUGUUUGUUUUAGUUUUCUAAUGUUAUCAAUGCUGUUAUGUAUUAUGAUCAUGUUUUUCUGAACCUUAUGUAACAAUGAUGUUUUGAAUUAUAAAAAUCAUGGUUUAUUA